AUGGGGGAAGAAUAUGAUCGAAGAUUCUAUAACUUUUGUUACACGAUUAAACUUCCUCCUUGUAAAAAAAAAUGGGGGAAGAUGUGUAUAAGAGACAGGUUUCUUGAGUUUGCAAUUUCGCUUGUACAAGAAUGUGGUCAAAUAAUUUUGGAAGCGUCGAAAGAACGUUAUUCAAAAAUUAAUAAAAUUUAUGAAAAGGGGGAGAAUCCUUCUGAUUUAGUAACUGAAACUGAUAAAAUUGUGGAAGAAUUGAUAAAAUCCAAACUUAAUUCAAAAUUUCCCGACCAUAAGUUUGUCGGAGAAGAAACGGCUGCAGCAGCUGGUAAACAUCAUGGUCUAACUGAUGAACCAACUUGGAUUGUUGAUCCGAUAGACGGAACUACGAAUUUCAUUCAUUGGUUUCCCUUUGUUGCAGUGUGCAUUGGAUUAACUAUCAACAAAGAACCUGUAGUUGGUGCAGUCUUUAAUCCAUUUCUUAAUCAAUUGUAUACAGCACGUAAAGGAAAUGGUGCAUAUCUUAAUUUGAAUACAAAACUUCCUUUAUCAAGUCCAAAUCCACCAAUUACUUUACCUUCAAGUUUGUCACAAUGUUUAGUAGUAUCAGAAUAUGGUAGCAAUAGAUCUUCAACGACUUUAGGGAAAAAAUUUAGAUCAGUUCAUAGUUUGAUGUCAAAACCUGGUGAUGUUACUUGGGGUAAAAAAAAUGCUGGAUUAGUUCGUGGUAUUAGAAGUCUUGGUAGUGCUGCUUUAGACAUUAUACAGGUUGCAAAAGGUGAAGCUGAUAUUUUUUGGGAAAUUGGUUGUUGGGAAUGGGAUGUGACAGCUGCUCUCGUUAUAUUAAGAGAAUCAGGUGGUAUUAUGGUUAAUGGUAAUGGUCCAAAUGAAGAACCUUUUAAUAUAUUAGGAAGAAAAUAUUUAGCUGUAAGAGGUGGUUCUUCAUGUGCUGGAGAUGAGACUGUUGAACAAAGUCAAUUAAGAUUAGUUAGAGAAUUUUGGAACAUUGUUGAAGAAAUUGAUUGUCCAAGGGAAUAA